AGCGCGCGCCUCCUCCGUUCAGUGAGCGCGAGCUGAUCUCGACAGAACUUCAGCUGCUCUUCUGAGAGUGGAUUCGCGCCUUUACAGGAAUUACUUUUGUUGCAGUUUUCUCAUUUGGAUAUACCAUUAUUACAUAUUAUACAAAACAUGCCUGUGUCCAGAAUGCGCAUGCGUCCCUGGCUGGAGGUAAAGAUCGAAUCCAACACCAUCGCUGGACUCCAUUGGGUCAACAAGGAGGAGAAGAUGUUCUCCAUCCCGUGGAAGCACGCGGCUCGCCACGGCUGGCAGGUGGACAAAGACGCCUGUCUGUUCAAGCAGUGGGCCAUUCACACAGGUAAAUACAAGGAGGGAAAGACCCCACCCGACCCCAAGACCUGGAAAGCCAACUUCCGCUGUGCCAUGAACUCUCUCCCCGACAUAGAAGAGGUGAAGGACAAGAGCGUGAACAAAGGCUGCGCUGCGGUGAGAGUCUACCGCAUGCUUCCCGCCAUCGCCAAGAAGAAGAUGAAGAGAUCCAGGAGCCGCGACAGCCGCAAACGCAAGAUCAAGAUGGAGGAAGCCGAAACUCACGAGAUGCACUCAGAAAUAACUCAGGAGAACACCAUCGACAGCACCGUCAAUCUAAGCACUGCCAGCUCCUCCGAAGAAGCCCCUGCAUACGAGGUGGAGAUCGCCAACUGUCCUGAAGACCCGUACACCUGCAAGUUCCAGGUGUCUCCGGUGCACUCCACAGACCUGGAGGAGAACGAAGCCAUCAUUGAGAUCUCACGGCAAUUGGAACGUGACAGCACGCAGUGGCUGCAGACCAAUUUCUUUACAAAGGGGUUCCUGGGCAAUGAAGUAGCCACAACAGAAUCUCUGAGUCCAGAGAGCCAGUGGAGCGAAAGCUCAGGAGAGGAGCUGGAGUUCCGGCUCUACACUGAACUGACCCCAGACCUGCGUGACGAGUCUCUCUGCACCUACACAGAACUCAUGAACAGCAGCUCCAUGCCACAGAGCUUGUGUCUUCUCUGAGAGCGCCGGCUCACUCCUCAGACUGUGAAUCAUGCUCAGCUUCUCACUCAUGGACAAUGGACUCCAAUCCACACAAAGGCUCAACCUCGUAGUUCAGUCUGGAUUCUGCUGAUCCUCGCGGGACAGACGGGUGCUCUUCAGAAACGCUUUCUCUGAAGGAUCUUCCAGAACUGAAACUGGACGACGCUCUCUUGUACAGCUCUGUGACCGUGUAACCUCAUGUAAUGUGAACUGGAGCGAUUCCGUUAUGUGCUCAUCAUGGCAGGGGUUUCCUCACCAAUAGGACAUAUAAAUACAUACAUACAUAUAUAUGUAUGUAUAUUCAUUUAUACAUUUAUCAGAUGAGAGUUUGGGAAGGGGUUCUUCACUGUACAUACUGUAAAUAUUUAUUUGUAA